AUGCAAGGAUAUGACCCUCUGCCAGAGCGCCUGGAUACUGUGGAGCCAUUGCUGCGGGGCUUCUUCGAGGAGAGCGGGUGGAUUGCUGGUUUCACCAGCGACCAUGAGCUACAUGCUCGCUGCGAAGAGGAGAAGUUGCAAUAUGCUCAAGCUGGUCAAAGACCUUCGCCUCAGAAGGUGAAUUUCUGGGAAACACACAUUGGGCUAGAGAACAUCGAGUGUCAUGCAUCCAGAUCGCGGCUUUUUCUGCAGAGUUUCGAUGACUUCCGCAGUGGUCAGCAUUUUUCUCAGGAGCAGCUCCGCUUCGCCGUGCUGGUGCAACACUUCGUCUCUCAGGAUACCAUGGAUGUCCGCCGGUUGCCAGAGAAGCGCAUGCAUGACGAUGUCUUUGAAGGUAUCCUGACCAGAUCGGUGAAUGCGCAGCUCAUCACUGACGCCCACCGGGCGGAGUGGGCCAUUGAGGGCAAUGGAUUCAUUGUACCCAAGGCUGAGAGUGACGAGGAGAGGAAGCAGUUGAUCGCCGAUUUCGGCGCGGGGCUGGUGACUGCCCUGGAGGAAUUCCUGCUGAGCUUUUGUGAGCGGCGGCAGUUGUCAGUCAGAGGGACAGAGCAUGUGAUCCAGGCGGUGACCACACAGAUGUCGCAGUGCGGCUUGGCGAAUCUCGACCGAUGUUCUCGAGUAGGUCAGUACAUGGUGGGCGGCGCACGCCUCAAGCAGCAUGUGAAUUACAACAUUUCAUGCACCUUGGCAAUCCUUGGCACGUUGGUUUCGUCAGCACUUCGGUGGGAUCACGGACCGAGCAAUGCCCCGCACGUGGAGAUGCAACAGUUGGCAUUGGAUACACUCUGUCGAUGGCGCCGGCAGAUCUUUCCAUCACGGGAUGUGAUGUUACACUCGAGAUCGAACUGGCCAGAUUCAUUACAUGUCCCAUGGCCUUUCGCGUCAGAACAAAGUCUUUUCAACUUGCGGUGGCUUGGCCUUUAUCCCAGUCCUCGACGCUGGAGUCGGUUGGUUCCUACCCGCACGUCAAAUCAAGACUAG